UCAAUGUUUCUUCCAUCCUUGUGACCGUCCCUUGUGAUGUCUUUGGUUGAUUCAGUCUAUCCGGAUCUCCGUAAUCAUGCCGUUCGUCCAGAGAGUUGUCGAGCCCAGGUUGUUGUCCAGGGUGCAGCUCUUCAACGAGGACGGUUCUGUGCGUGUAAACGAUGGCGAGUUGGAGGCGGUGACCAAUUUCACCCUGUGCAGCGCUCUGAAACAAUUGGCCUCGUUGUCCCUGGUCGCGGACGAUAUCUUCAAGGAGCUGGGAGACCAGCUGAAGCUCAUCUACGGGAGGUGCGAGAAGGUGAAGGUGAAGCUGGUCGUAUUGGGGGAUAAAGUGGAGAAGUUCGAUCCCAAGAAGGUGCCAGUGCGAUCGGGUUCUAAUGAACUGUCUUUAACUAGAGGAUUUCUCGUUGAUGUAAUGAAACAGUCAGGUUAUAAAAGACUGGAAGAUCGGGGUACCUAUUUAAGAGAAUACUUGGAAAAGCGUACAAAUUGUCCUACGCAAAAUCUAAACGAACUCCGCCAUAUUGUUUCACAUUUUAUGGCCCAAUUUAAAACUAGAUGGGAAAAUCGCACAGAACAUUUGACAGAUUCACAGCAAAUAAUGAUGAGUGGCUAA